AUGUCGCUUCCAUGGCUGCAGGAUGUCGACCCUGCGGAACGGCUGCCUGACGACACGAAGUGGGAAGAUUACGAUGAGUUCACCCUUUGGAAGCAAUGCAAGCUGCGUGGCCUCGAUGGUCAGGUGAAGAGAGAAGGAGACGUUCUUCGGUUGCUGAAUGCGUUGAAACGUUGCGAGGUGGAAUGGUUUGAGGUUCGGGCGCUAAGUGAAACUUGUGCACAUAUACUCUAUUUGGAACUCCACGUCGUGAAGUGCCCAAGGCGCCUGCAUCAUGAAGGUUACCUUAACGAAGUUGAAUUUGGGGAAUAUUUUGCCAACGCGCCGCCUGGCUUCAAGCCCCAGAAGUUUGUAAAAGCUCGAGACAUCAACAGCAUGAUUUCCGACAAGGACUGCCAGCUCUGCUUCAUGGAAGCCAAGGCCAGCCGUGGCGUUGAUCAAUGCCAAGUUUGCGGCCGUGUUGCGCACCAAAAAUGCAAGAACAUCUAUCGUGCACGUCGAGCAGCCUGCGAAGGAGAUACUGGAUGCCCCCUGUGCUGUCCAAAUUGUCCUUGGAACCCCAGCAACGCUGAGGUGAAGGCCGAACUAGUGCCCACGGAAGUCAAGAAAGAGCAAGGGGUGCCCAGAGACCAGCCUGCAACCGCCCAAGACGCUGUCUCAAGUGCAGCAAAGCAUAAGGUUCGCAAGCUGAAGCAGAAAGUUCGCAGGCUCCGAUGUCAACUUCGUCGAAAGCCGGCCAAUCGUGUUAUGUCGUCCCUUCGUUACGAAAGGCUCGCGGGAAAGAUUGGGAGAAAGGGUGCAAAGUACAGAAGAAACAAGCUGAUCAUGGCGGUGAAGAAGACUGUGAAGUCAGAAGAUGCGCACACGAAACAUGAAGACAAGGCUGCUGUCCUCAAGGAGGAAAUGGAGUCCCCAGUGAAGAUCAUCAAGGUCGAGAAAACGAAGAAAGUCAAGUCUGAGCCAGUGGUCAUCAGCUUGCUUUGA